AUGAUGCCUCUGUCCAUCAAAUUGGCCGGCCUGGUCUUGUGUGCCGCCGUGGCAGCAGCAGCCCUGCAAGAGAGGCAGCUGCACAGCUUGCCGCCGCAGGGCUCAACCUCAUCGGCGACGACGACACCCACCGCCAGCUCGUCGAUGACGGCCAGCACGACGGCGACAACCAUGUCUACGCAAACCGGCCCUACGCGGUGGGAGCUAUCCACCGUCUUCACGCAGCCUACGGACUGCCUGGGCGGUAUCACGCAGUACGCAGGAGGGCUGUCCACGCUGGGGUACUGGCUUAACAUCCCGUACCCUGCUCCAGGCGUCACCGUCACGUCGUGCUUCCCGCCGGCUCUGGUGGCCAGCGUGACGGCCAGCGUCGACCUGCCGCCCUACGAGCAGCUGGUUUGCCCGGACCGAUGGGAGUCGUUUGACUACAACUCGACGUACCGCAUCUGCUGUCCCAAGGACUUUGGCCUCUACGCUCCCGGCCUCGUCAGCAACAAGGAUCGUCCUGGCCUGGGCGCGUGGUGCACGUCCUGGGUGCCGCCUGGCACGCACGCGGCCUUGACCCGAUACUAUACUGACGGCGGCUCGUCGCUGAUUGACACGACGCUGGGAACCGCGGAGAAUUGGCUAGUGCAGGCGACGGCUUUUGAUGGCAUCAUCGCCACCAACGUGCCCACGUCGACAUCCACUUCCUCAAGUAGCACGUCCUCCAAGACCGUUUCAACGCCCAAGUCUACGCCUGCGACGACUACCACUACCACUACCACAACCACCACCGCGAAGCCGAGCUGGACCGGCCCGACCGCCGUCAGCGAUCUCCCGCAGUGCGGUCAAACAUGCAUCAAUAACAUGCUGGCCAAGCACCGAGAGCUGGGCUGCGGUGACAAGGACGUGGCCUGCAUGUGCCGCGCGCCCAACUUCAACUACGGCGUCCGCGACUGCGCCAACGGCGCCUGCAGCAACGCGGACCGGGCGAGUACCGUCAUCUCCUUUGAGACUUCGUACUGGUGUCCGUCAUUUAUGGCGACCGGCACCAACUCUCCGACGCAAGCCCCUACGCCUACGCCUACGGCCAUUUCCGACCUUCCUCCCUGCGGUCAAACGUGCAUGAACAACAUGAUUGCCCAGUACUCGCAGCUAGGCUGUCCAUCGCCGGAUCCUGCGUGCCUCUGCAAGAAGGCCAACUUUGGCUACGGCGUGAGAGAUUGUGCCAACGGCGCAUGCGGAGCGGCUGUCGCGCCGACAGUCACCAACUUUGCCAGCAGCCACUACUGCUCUCCUACGCCGGGACCAUAA